CAAAAAUGGCGUUCAAAAGAAUGCUGGCUUCUCCAUUUUUCUCCAUUGCCAAAUUCUCUAGACCAAUCUUAACGUCCUCUCUUUUAUCACCUUCUCCAUCGGCCUUUCAGAUCCUUAGUCCUCCUACUCCACCGGAUAAAUCAAGGUCUUGCUUGCUCCGACAAUGGAAGCCGAUGUAUAAUCAAUCGGAAAAGCUGCCGCCGGAGGUAAGUUCUUUUCCAAUGGGAGGAAAUCUUCGUGAAUGUUUAAGGGAUUUGGAUAUCAGGAAACUGGAUAGGAUCCGGUUCGAAGGACUCACCGAUCCCCUUUCUCCGACGUCGGAAAACCAGGAUCUAACGGUGGAAACCACGAAGAAACUGAUUAAUUUGGCCCAGCUUCACAUGGCAAAAUCACGACUCAGGCUGAUCAAAAAACAUCAAAUUACGUAUUCGGAAUUGAUCAAUGUUUGCAGUGAAGAUUGUUCGAAUUUAGACAUGGCUGUUCAAUAUGCAGAGAUUCUUGGAAAGUCGGGUUUCGUUAUUGUUAUGGGUGAUACCGUUUACACAAAACCUGAACAGGUGACGAAAUUUGUUCAAAGAGCAAUACUGCCUCUAGAUGAAGACAAUCCAAGAUGGAAGGAGUUUCAACAAAUGGAGUUGCAAAGGAAGAUGAUUGACAUGAAAGCUGCAUCUAUGGUUAGGAGGGAGCUAUGGGGUGGUUUUGGUUACUUAAUAUCGCAGACAAUCGUGUCGAUAGCCUUGACUUACUCGUUCUUCAGUUGGAACGAGAUGGAGCCAGUUUGUUUCUUCAUUACGUCUAUCUAUUUCAUUUUUGGUUAUGCAUUCUUUCUUGGAACAGCUAUAGAACCUUCCUUCAACGGUUUCUAUAACAGCCGGUUUCAAGUUAAGAAGAAGAAACUCGUGAAGAAGUUCAAUUUUGAUAAUGAGAGGUAUGAACAACUUAGGGUAGCUUUUUAUCCUUACUUGGAUGACAUGCCCGGAAAUUGUAAUGGCUUUGAAUUUGCACCACCAUUGUUGGAUCAUAACAAUGGUUGUGCGAAUAUUAAUGGUUUGGCAGCUCAGAUUGAAACUGAAGGAUCCGGGGUUCACGAUGUGUUAUGUUUAGUUCAUUCAGAUCUUCAUGAUAACAAGACUAGUGCGGUUCUUGAAUAUUUAUCCUCUAUGGUGGCUUCUAUUGAAUCUGUUUUCAACAACAAUGGAUGGAUAGCAAUGUAA